AUGUUCCCCUAUGGAGGUGACAAGGUGGCCGCAAGCGGUUCUGUCACGGAGGUGGAUUUGAAACGGCUGCCCGAGCUGAACCCCCCUGCGUUCAUGCCACAUGGGAACGUGGGAACACCCUUGAAAGUUUUCCUGGAGUUGAUCCGGGCCUGCAGGCUGCCUCCCCGGAUUAUCAAGAAAUUGCAGCUGAACUUUCCCAAGACAGGCUCGUCCCGUAGGUAUGGGAAUGUGCCUUUUGAGUACCAGGACACCGAGACGGUUGCAGGAGAAGGAGUUUAUACUGCAGCAGGGGAUGAGAUCACAGAGGACAAGGGGCCUGUGGGACCAUCUGAGAUGUCUGAGCCAGUUGCUGCUGAAGAGGAUGGGAAGGGACAGGAGAACGAGGAAGCAGCGGAGUUGCACUCAGAUGAUGACAACGAUACCUGUGAGGAGUGGGAACGACACGAGGCUCUGCAUGAGGAUGUGACCAAACAGGACCGUGUGGAGGAGCGGCUCUUUGAAGAGGAGAUUGAGCUGAAGUGGGAGAAGGGUGGCUCUGGGCUGGUUUUCUACACGGAUGCUCAGUACUGGCGGGAGGAGAACGGAGAUUUCGAUGAGCAGACUUCAGAUGACUGGGACGUUGACAUGAGCAUCUACUACGACAAAGAUGGAGGAGAUAAAGACGCUCGGGACUCAAUUCGGAUGUGGCUGGAGCAGAGACUUCGCAAUGGUUUAGAGGAUGGAUCUGUUUCAGGGCAACAGAUUGGGACUUUUGAGAAAUACACUAAGGGCAUUGGCAGGAAGGUGUUGGAGCAGCAGGGCUGGAUCGAGGGGCUGGGGCUGGGGAGCAGCAACUUGGGAAUGGCCGAAGCUUUGGACAAUGAGGGUCAAAACCCCAGAUGCAAGCGGGGACUAGGGUACCACGGGGAGAAACUGCCGACCUUCAGCAAGGCAAAGAAGCCACGGCCGAACGGUCCUGUCCUCAUCUCCACCAUCUAUGAUGGCCCUGAGCCCAUGGACAGUGGUGACCUGCUGCUCAGGCGACAGCCAACCACUGCCAUGAAGUACAGACAGGACAUGCCUUUUGUCCGGGCAUCCUGUGGCACUCGGGAGAGACCCAGUGCCCCGUUGCACUGAGCACACACUGUCACCGAACGUU